UGUCAAUAUGGCUGUUGUCAGACAGACAAAGCGGAGAGGCAAAUAAUUCGCCUCUGAUUAGAAAUCCUUGGAAAAGGGUCGUGCGGGGCACUGCCACCAAACUGCGUUAUAAUUCGGCAGCAGUAAAAGACGCCGCUUGGCUUGUGCUUUACUUUUAAAGUUAAAUGGUGAAGCGGACUAUUUGAACCGAGCAGCAGCAGCAGGAUGUCCGACUUCAGCGAGGAGCCGCGCUUCACCAUCGAGCAGAUAGACCUGCUGCAGCGGCUGCGUCGCACCGGCAUGACGAAGCAGGAGAUCCUGCACGCGCUCGACACUCUGGACCGGCUGGACCGGGAGCACGGCGACAAGUUCGGCCGCCGCACCUCUUCCUCCUCGUCCACCUACCUCGUAGGCGGGGCCAACAGCUCCGCUGCCAAAACAACCGCCACAUCCUUCAACAAUAACGCCACUGCCUCGGCAACAACCACCUCCACCUCCUCCUCGGCCACGUGCAAUGGCGCUGAAGGCGGCGACCACUCCUCCUCCUCCCUCGUCGUCGCCGCCGCCGUCGCCUCGUCCACCACCUCCAAAAUCUCCACGGCCACGCAAACGCAGUUCAAUAACAGCGGCGGGGGGCUGUCCCCGUCUCCCAGCAACAGCUACGACACGUCCCCGCCCCCCGGGCCGCCGCCGCACUCGGCCGUGCUGCCGUCGCCCGUGGCGCUGGUGGCGCUGUCGCAGAACGGACGGGACAGCCUGGCCGCCACGCCCAACGGGAAGCUGUCCCCGCCUCGCUACCCAGUGAACAGCGCGGCGGCGUCCAGGGCGUUCGGCUUCGAAACCGCAGAAGAAGACCUGGACGUGGACGACAAGGUGGAGGAGCUGAUGAGAAGGGACAGCAGUCUGGUCAAAGAGGAGAUCAAAGCUUUCCUGGGUAACCGGAGGAUUUCUCAGGCUGUCGUGGCUCAAGUGACCGGCAUCAGCCAGAGCAGGAUCUCCCAUUGGCUGCUGCAGCACGGCUCCGACCUGAGCGAGCAGAAGAAGAGGGCUUUCUACCGCUGGUACAUCCUGGAGAAAACCACGCCAGGUGCCACUCUGAACAUGCGGCCAGCGCCGCUGCCUCUGGAGGAGAUGGAGUGGAGGCAAACCCCGCCGCCCCUCGCCACCGCCCCCGGAACCUUCCGGUUGCGUCGGGGAAGCCGCUUCACCUGGAGGAAGGAGUGCCUGGCUGUGAUGGAGAGCUACUUCAAUGACAACCAGUACCCAGAUGAAGCCAAAAGAGAGGAGAUAGCCAACGCCUGUAAUGCUGUUAUUCAGAAACCAGGGAAGAAGCUGUCUGAUCUGGAGAGGGUGACCUCCCUGAAAGUCUACAACUGGUUCGCUAACCGGCGCAAGGAGAUCAAGAGACGAGCUAAUAUUGAAGCAACAAUCCUGGAGAGUCAUGGGAUAGACGUGCAGAGUCCAGGUGGACACUCCAACAGCGACGACAUCGAUGGGAAUGACUUUGCAGAGCAGGCCUGCGACCUGCCCUACUUCGACAAGAGACCUCUCAGCCGACCGUUUGGCCUUUACCGCCUGGAGCCCACCUCACCUACACAGGACGACAGCGCGGCUCACAACGAGCAUCAGGACCCCAUCUCUCUAGCCGUGGAGAUGGCCGCCGUCAACCACACCAUCUUGGCGCUGUCCAGAACCGGAGGCGUGCCCAACGACAUCAAGACCGAGUCCCUGGAGGAUGAAUGAAGCACUCAGGAACCGGGACGGAGCGAGGGAACAAAGCCCAGUCGAGACGGGGGACGACGGGGAGCGUUUCAAAACACGAAAAGAAAAAAAAAAAAAAAAGACCAAAAUAAUUCGACUUAGUAAAAUCGUCUCCGCUCCUCUCCCAGAACUUCCAUGUAAAACAGUGAUUCCCCCCAACUCUCCUCCUCACCCUAUGUAACUCACUAUACUGACCCAGCUGGCGGACAUUGCUACUGUCGGCUGUGUGACAGAAGCAGCAGCCAGUUGUGAACCUCCCGCCUAACGGUGGCUCCUCUCUGGGACCGGGUCUCCCAGGAUCUCCUCUCCUUCCCCAAAACAGGAUACCUCUUCAGUUUUUCUCUCCUCUUCCUUCCCUCAGCAGCCUGGUCGUCUGAGCCGAUCCUCAGUCUCACCUCAACCUCAGAAAGAAAAGCAAAAAAAAAAAAAAAAAGAAAA